CCGGACUGUCCGAGUCCUCCGACCGAUCGUGUUCUGACGCUGAUCAUCUUUGGAUCUAACCUGUACCCACUUCCAAUCCACUUAUAUCAGACUGUUUCAUGUAGGAUGUGUUAUUUAACAGAUACUUGAGAACACAUAGAAGAUGGAAACUAUCAUAGAUGAUGAUCCUGUGGUGAAAAAGGAAAUUACUAGCUUGGAAGACAGUGAAAACAGUCAAAAUCAGGCAUCUUCAGAUUAUGGAGCUUGUUCUAGCUCGCAGCAUGAGGAACAAACUUGGAACUUCUCUUGUAAAAAAGAAUUGGAUCACAGUAGUAAACCAGAAAGUCCUGUUGGUAGUUACAACAGUGAUAUCAUGGAUGAAGAGAAAACUAUAAUAUGUCCUAAUACUGCCUUAUACAAUGGUUUGGAUACUAAAGAUUAUAUAUUGAGUAAUGAGAAUACUACUACCGAUGAUUUGCGACAAUUUGACGUAUUGGACGAUUUGGAUCGUCAUUCCGAACAAGAUGGUUCCGAAGGUGAUUCGGACACAGAUGAAAGCAUGGACUCUGAUGUGCCAGAUGAAGAGAUUGAAGCAAUGUUAGAAGAAGGUUUACCAGAAGAAUUUAAAGGGAAGAGAAAAAGAAAGGAUGGCUUACCUUAUGAAGAAAAAGAGAAAGUCGUUUUAGAUGAAAUUGGACACGAUCAUUUUGACGUUCUUCCCGAAGGUUGGGUACAGGUAACACAUAAUAGUGGAAUGCCAUUAUAUCUUCAUAAACAGACCAGAGUUUGUACUCUGGCAAAGCCGUAUUUUCUCGGUCCGGGAAGUGUUAGAAAGCACGUAGUUCCUGUGAGCGCUAUACCUUGUCUUCAGUAUAAAAGAGCGCUGAAAGACGAAGAAGAAGAACGAAAAAAAGAGAUCGAACGUACACCGAACACCGAAGCUUGCAGUUUGCCCAGUGCGAAAAUUGAAACCAUUCAAGAAAAUCGUGCUGCGCAUUCAUUAGACAGUCAGCAAUUGAGAAACUAUUGCCAAUCUUUGUUUCGUUUCAAAAUUAUUAAAGUAAUGAGAUUUCAAUCGUGGUCGGCGCGUCGGAAGUUCACGAAGAAUAAGAAGCAUCGUAAGCAACUUGAGCGCCCAACAUUACCGGACGGAACAAAAUUGAUAACUUUUCCUGUCAGCAGUUCUGGCACGGCUAGUAGUAAUGGUGCUGUUGGAGAUGACAACGGGCAGAGACCUGCGAAACAUUGGAUAAUGAAUCCAUCGGGGAAAAGUUAUGUUUGUAUCCUUCACGAGUACGUGCAACACGCGCUAAAAAAACAACCGACGUACAAAUUUAAAGAACUAGAAAACGCGGCGACGCCGUAUUCUGCAGUAGUUUGUAUCAAUGACAUGGAAUACGGCAGCGGAUUUGGUAGUAGUAAGAAGCAAGCAAAAGCCAAUGCAGCCAGGAAGACUCUUGAGAUCUUGAUCCCUCAAAUGAAGGACAAAAUUUCUGGCGACAAUAGCGGAGAAAACGGUUCGAGUAAUGCCAAUCGUACAAUAAAAGCCUCUAGAGGUAAUUCCGAUGCGGAUCUUUCGUUUUUUGACGAAAUAUCUAUUACGGAUCCACGUGUUGCGGAAUUUUGUGCAAAAACUACGGAACCUUCUCCACACGCGAUCUUGAUAACUUGUCUUCAAAGAAAUUACGGUCUGGGAGAUAUGCACAUUAAUUAUUCGGUAAACACACUGAAGCAUCAACGAAAUGAGUUUACAAUGAGAGUUGGGAAACACGAAGCUACUGUUGUUUGUCGUAAUAAAAAAGAUGGUAAACAGCGAGCUGCGCAAGCGAUAUUGCAACUCAUGCAUCCGCAUAUACAAUCCUGGGGCUCCUUGCUGCGUCUUUAUGGUUCGCGAAGUGUAAAGUCUUUCAAAGAAAAGAAGCAAUUGGAACAAGAGAUUACAUUGUUGCAAGGUAAAGCCGCUGUCAAUCAACCGAAUCACGCUAUUCUAAGUAAACUUAGACAAGAAAUGCAAAAAUUAGCUGAGCAACGCGAAGCAAUACAGCCUAUUGGUAAGUUUGUACCGCCGGAUUUGCCAACAGGAUCCGCGGCCAAUUUGAAUAAUGUAGAUCUGUAAAAAGAGUCUGCAAAACUUUACAUAGAAUUAAAAUUAAAAUCUGAAUCAGUAUCGAAUAGAUUAAACAGUAUCGUAAGCAUAAACAUCAACAAAAAAUAGUAUGUAUAGAAAUCGGGAAAAGAUAUAACGAAGUUUUACACUCUUAUAUUUUUUUGUCUAUAAUUAUAUAAACGAACUAUUUUAUAAUUUUUAUAUUUUUAUAUAACAUAUAUUUGUCUCUCCCCUGUACUUUAUAACA